UCAAGGCAUAGGCUACUAUAACAUCCGUCCCAUAUAUACCCAGUCCAUUCAGCCUGUCCUACCUGUGCUUCUUUUUCAAACAUUUGGAGCUGAAUGAGCUCUGCAGUCACACAGCAGGAAGGCCUCAGACCUCACCGAAGAGAUACGGAAGCAUCGUAUUUCCUGCCGGACCAAGAAAUGGAUCACUGGAAGAUCCAGCUCAUUGUUGUGACUUUUUGUGCUGUGGUGCAAACCUAUCAGGCGCUGUCUUCUAGUGUGGAAGAGGAGAGAGGGUUGUCUGAAGACUGGCAGGAAGAGUCACUGGAGGCAGGUCUGACCCCCCCGAUGGACCGUCUGAUGAAAAGAUCUAAAGCCCUCCGCUUCUACGGACUCAUGGGGAAACGCUCAGGUAUAAGGAAGCCUUUUAAAGUAGACAGACGAAACAAAGGAGAGACGUUUGUGGGUCUGAUGGGUAGAAGCAUUUCCAGUGGCAAAUCAUUAACCAGAAUAUUUCCGUCUGCGACAACCACUGCGCUCGAUGUUUCGGAGAAACCACACAAGCAAGGUAUGAUUGGAUCAGUAAAAAAACCUGAGGUUGUUUUAUUUCUAUGUGCAUUCUUACAGUGGCAUUGUUGUCUGCAUUCUUUUUUUAUUUUUAUAUUUAUUAUUCCAUCAUUUGGCAGGUUCAUCAGAGGAAUGGUUCCAAAUCCUGUAUUGAUGGAGCUAGAAAAAAAAAAAAAAGUACACAUUUUUAUGAGCUAUACAAUUUUACACCAACCAAAGAAGACGUUACCAUACAUCAUACUCCUCAAAAUACACUCUUGAUACGGUUUCAAUCCAUGCUAACAAUUAUUGUUUUAAGCCCAAACA